CAGCAAUCUAAACAAUCCCCAUAACCUUGCCCUCAACAAACACCAUCACCCACGCCCCUUGGCAGUUCCAACCUCCUUGCCUUCAUGGCAAUGGUUUCACUCACUCGCGCACAAGCGAGGGUACUCUUUUCACAAAGCCCAGUCCGCGCACAAGAGUCCUUGGAACUCCGCCUCGUUUCAACACCAAAGUCCGGGUUCUACUACAACACGGUGCUGGUGCCAAGCAAGAAUGGUGGAUAUGUUCAACUAAGCUUUGAAGGCGCAAACAAGUUUUGUACUCUGGGGGAGAUGUUGGUGUGGGCUCAGGGCUUCGUUGUCGAGGGGGCAAUGCAGGUUUCGCACUUAUGCCACGAUCCCCUCUGUACUGUGGCUGCGCAUGUGGUGCGGGAGACAGCGGCUGAGAAUAAUAGGAGGAAAGGGUGUGUGGUUUGGGUGGAUUGCCCGCAUUGUUGCUUGAAGAUUCGAGUUUGCGAACACGCCCCUAUAUGUAUCCGAUAUGCGCCAGGUUACGAAACCUUGGCCGAGUUCCUUGAAUGGGGACUUCAUACCUAAUGUCUACUUCAUCUGGGGGUUCGUGUUUUAUGGGG